UGUCGCCUCAUUCCCUUGCCGAAGUUACCUACCGCUCUGGAGACGGCUGAACACUUAUGUAAUCUAGUCUUCCGCUUCUAUGGUUUACCGGAGGAUAUCGUUUCCGACCGGGGUCCCCAGUUUACCUCCCGUCUGUGGGCCGCUUUCUUCAAGGCACUGGAGAUCAAUGUGAGCCUCACCUCGGGCUACCAUCCCCAAUCCAAUGGUCAGGUAGAGAGACUCAACCAGGAACUUACCCGGUUCCUUCGUUCAUAUUGUAGUCAAAAUCAACAGGAUUGGAGCCGUUAUAUCAUGUGGGCCGAAUACGCUCAAAACUCUCUCCGCAAGCCCUCUACUGGGUUAACUCCGUUUCAGUGUAUUCUGGGAUAUCAACCACCCCUGUUUCCCUGGUCAGGAGAACCGUCUAACGUUCCUACAGUUAAUGACUGGAUUCAGAGAAGUGAGGAGACUUGGAAUCAGGCUCAUCAUCAUUUACAGCAGGCUGUAAGACGUCAGCGGAUUCGGGCUGAUCGGCAUCGCCGUCCCAGCCCAGAAUAUAGUGUUGGCCAGUGGGUAUGGUUAUCCACUCGUGACCUCCGUCUCCGUUUGCCAUGCCGUAAGCUCAGUCCCAGGUAUGUGGGUCCUUUCCAGAUUAUUCGCCAAAUUACCCCUGUAUCUUUUGAAUUGGCCUUACCUAAUCACUUCCGUGUUUCUCCCACAUUUCAUGUCUCCUUGUUGAAGCCCGCUGCUGGUCCCGGUGAGGGAGGAGAGGAGGCGCCCGAGGACCAGGGUCCCCAACCCAUAACGGUGGAGGGCGAGGAGAUCUAUCAGGUGCGAGAACUGCUCGACUCCAGACGCCGGGGGAGAACUCUCCAAUAUCUGGUCGACUGGGAGGGUUACGGUCCAGAGGAGAGGUCCUGGGUGAAUGCAGACGACAUUCUAGAUCCCAGUCUUAUGGAGGAGUACCACCGAGACCAUCCGGAGAGGCCGGCCCCCAGACCACGCGGAAGACCCCGGCGUCGACCACCUCCUCACUUCCGGAGCCAUUCGCAGGGGGGGGGGCUCUGUCACGGAGAGCGCUCCUGUUACUCUCCCUUCGGGCCACCAGAGGGCCCCAUCACCAGAGUACUAGUUUCCUUCCCGCACUACAUUUCCCAUCAGCCCUGCACCUGUCACUGAUUAUUCCCCUACACCUGUUCCCCAUUACGUUAGACUAUUUAAUGAGCUCUUUCACCCAGGUUCACUGCGAAGUCUUGUUUUGCCUUGGUGAACAUCUCUGAGCGUUAUUCUGGUUACAUUGGACUGCCUUCUGUUAUUACCUCUGCCUGCCUUCUUCUCGUGUUGUUUGCUGCCUGCCUCUUGGACUUGUGCUCUGGAUACUGGACUAUCGACUUUGGAUUGCCGCCUGCCCUGACCUAUGACUGCCCCAGUUUCCGAACGAUUUCUGCCUGCCCCGAUCUCAGAUCUGUCUAUGAUCACGAUUCUGUCUACCCUACGAUACUGCCUUAUCUGUGUCUUGACCUCUGCUUGUUUGAUUAAGUUUCAAAUAAAACUGCAAAUGGAUCCCAGCCGUGUUGAUGAAUC